AUGGUGAUAACAAAUCAAUAUGUACCUAACAAAACAUUUGUAUUAUAAAUUAUAAUAUUUUUGUUUGCUUAUUUAAGAAAUUCAGAUUUGUUGAUUAAAAGUAGGUACUCAUUAUUUUAUAAUAAUGUAUUUAAAUUUUAGAUUUAAUUUAUCAAUCAAACAUAUUAUUUUAUUAGAAGCAGAUUUCUAAAAAAAAAAAAUGUAUAAUACUCUAGGUUUAAUUAAUUUUUAAGUAGGUAAUAUGUUUAGCUGUCAUUUUUUAAUUAAUGUACAAUAUUGACUUUUAUAGUAGUUAUCUAAAGUUUUAAGAUGACAAGGCAUGCCAGAAAUUGUACUGCAGGCGCUGUUUAUACAUACCACGAGAAGCAGAAGGAUGCUUCUCAAUCUGGUUAUGGAACGCAAAAUGAACGUGUUGGCAAAGAUUCCAUUAAAAGCUUUGAUUGUUGUUCAAUGACAUUGCAACCUUGCAGAACUCCCAUUGUUUCGUAAGUAUAAUUACUAAAGUCAUUGUCUAGGGGUUUUAUAAUAAUAAUAAUAAUAUUAACUUGUAAAAUAAAUUUUAAAAUAUUCUUCCUAUAAAAUAGUCCAGAAGGUCAUUUAUUUGACAAAGAAGCUUUAUUGCAAUAUAUGAUAACAAAAAAAAAAGAGAUCAGUCGUAAGUUAAAGGAGUAUGAAAAACAAAAACAUAAGGAAGAAGACGAAUUAGCAGAACUAGGCAGAGCUGAACAACAAUCAAAAGUCAUGGAUUUUCUUAAUAGGGAAAGUAUGGUGAAAAAGCAAAAUGAUAUUUACAAAAUGAAACCUGAGAAAGGAUCUGAAGUGAAUUCAUCAUCCAUUUCAAAUAUGGCCAAUGGUUUGGAUAAACAGUUACCAAGUUUUUGGGUACCAUCCGAAACACCUGAUGCUAAGAAAGCACCUAUAACAAAACCAGUAAGGAGUAUUACCUAAUCUUUACCCUAAUCAUAACUUUUGAAGGAGUUGUAGCAUCCUGCUUUGUUUUUCCUCGAUCACUUGAGAGUGAUACUAAAUAAUUCUACAGUGUCUUAUUGGGUCUUCAGUCAUUUUCCAUUGACAUAUUUUAAUAAUUUCUAUCAAAAUGUGUUCCUGUCUAACAAUAUCGAGUCAUUUUUAAUUUUCUUGGUCAUUUCCAACAAUUGUUUACUUCUUAUGCAUGUAUAUUCAUCACUGGAUAUGUUUUUUUAAACGCAACUUGAUUAAAUAAUUGUAAAACAAUUAUCAUUUUUAUAUUACACUAAAUUUAUGAAAAUUACAAUCAAUUGAUUUAAAGUAUUUAUUUUAAGGAUAAGACUAUUUACUGUCCCAUGAGUGGUAAACCGUUAAAAUUAAAGAAUUUUGUGGAUGUUAAAUGGACACUUGUAAAUGAUCCAAGCGAUAAGAAAUCAUUAGCAGUUCGUGAAAAUCGUUACAUGUGUGCAGUGACACACGAUAUAUUAAGUAAUGCUGUACCAGCGGCAGUAAUUCGCACAACGUAUGGAUUUGUCACUAAAUAUUUUAUUGUUUAAUUAUGUAAACAUAAUUUCUUAUUUGUUUCCAGCGGCCAUGUCAUUACUAUGGAAUGUUUUGAGAAGUUAAUUAAAAAAGACUGGCUACAUCCUUUAACUGGUGAAAAAUUAACUGAAAAAGAUAUAAUACCUUUACAGAGGGUAAGAAUUAUAAUAUAUUAUAUUGUUAAACUAUAUAUUAUUUUAUGUUCUAUUUUACUGUUAUAAUCAGGGUGGAACUGGGUAUGCCAUAACAAAUAUGAAUUUGGAAGGAAAAAAUGCAAGACCAGUUUUACAAGCCUAAAUAUUAUGUAAAUUUAAGUUUUCUAAAUUUAAAUAAUUUUGUAAUUCGAUUCUAAAUAAAUCUAAACUUAACUUUUAGGUUAUUGUGUUAUAUGGCUUAACAUUUUUUAAUAAUAUAAAAUAUAAGCUGCCAACCCAAGUUUGUCGUUAAUGUUACUUUUCCUUCUUCUCUGUGUUUUAGCUUUUAAAACCAUAUCUUUUCUUUUCUAGUGAUAAUUUCUUCCAAUCUUCUCCUGGAAUAACAUUUCUCACGUCUUCUUAGUAACUUUUUAACUAUCAUAAAUUGGUUUAAAUGACUUCUCUUGGCAUAGUACUCCUAACUGAAAGCGUAGAGACCUCUCACAAUUACUCUUAGAUUGUCCCUCAUUAGAUACCAAACAUAUAAUUUUGCUCGUUAUCCGAAAUCUCUAAACAUUCCCCCAAACCUUUUUUCCAUGCCCAACAAUAAAUCUGAAGUGGUCAUCCAAUAUCUAAUAUAUUUAGUUUUGCAUUAGAAGCUGGUUUUGUUAUUUAAUAUUUAUAUCCAUUUUUUUCUUACUGUUGUAAUUUUGUAUUACUUAAAAUAAUUGUAGAGCAAGCUGUCAUAGUCAGUAAACACAGUCAAAAAGCUAAUUAAAUAAUAAUAAUAAUAAAAAAAAAAAUUAAAAAAAUUUCUCUGUUUGGUUAAUUUGGUAAUAUAAAUUAUUGUAAUAAUAUAUGCUGUUGGGUACACAGAAUGGUGAUUUCACAAUAGAGUCACAUUUUAGUACUUCACAAGAUGGGUG